AUGCGGAAUUCAAAGGUUUUCGGUCACUGCUACCUUCGAAGAAUGUUAAAUAUUAUUGCAACCCCUUCAAUGACGUCCGAGAAGGGUCAAGGAUCUAUUGCUCAAGAUAGACGCAAAACUACUGUGCCAGUAUCCCAUCACGAAGAUGCUAAGGCCGCUUCGAAGGACAACCGGAGACAGCUCACUAUGGCUGAAGCUGAUGCGAAGAAGAAACUUGUGUCCGCCACAAGAACUGGUAUGCGGUAG